CUUGCUUUGGCAACCGAAGUCAUGAAAAAUGUGCUGAGGAUUUGGAUGAUCUGUGCACCAUUGACUUCAAUAUUUGUCUUUGAGCUGAUUGCUGCCUCCCUACAAUUUCACUUUGCAUGCUUUCAGUAACCAUCGGCAGCAAAGAAAUCUUCGUACAAUGGAUAGCUGCUAUCCAAAUUUCAAUGUUGUUUACUAUUUUCUCUUUCUGUUUACGGUCACUUCCUACAUGCGGAUGGGUGACGGACUUCCAAGCGGUGGGGACUCAUGCAUUGAAGAAGAGAGAGGAGCACUGCUCAGCUUCAAACUAAAUGUUACUGAUCCUUCGGGAAGGCUUUCUUCUUGGGUAGGACGCGACUGCUGUCAAUGGAAAGGAAUUUUGUGCAACAACCGCACGGGUCAUGUUGCAAAGGUGGACCUUCGGAAUACUUAUCCAUCUCCAGUAUGGUCUGAUCCCGAUCACUACGACAAGUUGGCUUAUGAACGCUCUUUAUUGUCGGGUAAGAUAAAUCCUUCUUUGCUUAGCUUGAAGCAUUUAAAUUACCUAGAUUUGAGCUGGAACAGUUUCGAACUCCCUAAGUUCAAUGGUCUGCUUGACAAUUUGAGGUAUCUCAACCUCUCCUUUGCUUUAUCAUCGGGAGCUGAGAUUCCAGAGUUUAUUGGAAACUUGUCGUCUUUGGAAACACUCGAUCUUUCGUAUAAUUAUUUCGAAGAGAAUCCAAUUCCUAAGUCUUUUGGCCAGCUUAAGAGUUUGAAAUAUCUUGAUAUCUUCUUCUCACGUUUUGGGGGAGAAAUUCCCCCUAACCUUGGAAACCUGUCAAACCUGAACCAUCUUGACCUCGGGUGGAAUUACUUGGAAAUAUCUUCCGAAGGCUUGAAUUGGCUUCCUCGCCUCUCUUCCUUAACAUACCUCAAUCUCGACUUUGUCAAUCUUCGCAGCACGGGAGCAAGUUGGCUAUAUGCAGUUAACAUGCUUCCUUCGCUGUUAGAGUUGCAUUUGUCUGGUUGUAAAAUUGAAAGAAUUCCACUCUCAAUCCAAAAGGUAAAUAUAACUUCACUUUUGGUACUUGAUAUCAGAAUGAAUUCUAUCAUUUCUCCACUACCUAGCUGGUUUUCUAAUCUUACUAGUCUUCGAAAACUCAAUCUGAGUGAAAAUGAAAAUGAUUAUGGAAACUAUUUCACUGGUCCGAUUCCUCGUGAGUUUGCAAGGCUCGAAUAUCUGGAAGGCCUUGAUUUUUCUGGUAAUGGACUCGAAGGUCAUAUUCCCAAACUAAACUUUUGCAAGCUAAAGACCUUAAACUUUCAAGGAAACAAAUUUGGUGGGGGAAUUCAAGGGCUUUUGAGUGGUUUCUCAAACUGUACAGAUGGUGUAUUGGAAUCACUGGAUUUGUCCUCUAAUAAGCUGGAAGAUGAGUUGCCUGACUCCCUUGGGAUGCUACACAACUUGCAAUAUGUCAACCUUGAGUUCAACAAUUUUUCGGGUAAAAUCCCGGAAUCUAUUGGAAAGUUGUCAUCCUUGAAAACUCUAAACCUCAGUUACAACAAUAUGAUUGGACCGAUUCCGGAUACUUUGGGACAAUUGUCUGAGCUAGUUCACCUAGAUUUGUACGGGAAUUCAUGGGAAGGCACUUUAACAGAAUCUCAUUUCGCAAAUCUCACAAGAUUACAAUCUAUUGAUGUGUCUACAUAUCGACCUAUGUCCCUCAAUGUCAGUCUGACUUAUGAGUGGAUUCCUCCUUUCAAGCUCUACACAGUUGGCAUUACAAAUUGCAGUGUUGGUCCUAAUUUUCCUGCAUGGCUUCAGUUGCAAACUGAACUUUCUGAUGUCAUCCUUCGUAGCACUGGAAUCUCGGGUACCAUACCAGAAGAGUGGUUGUUGAAGGUAUCAUUGCAGCUCAAAUAUUUGGAUUUAUCAUACAAUCAUAUCAAAGGAAGGCUUCCACUCCAACUGAAAUGUCCAAAUCUGUAUCAUAUAGAUUUGAGCUAUAAUAAAUUCGAUGGUCCACUCCCACUUCUGUCCGCCAAUCUUACUGUCUUUAAUCUUGAAAGCAAUUCAUUUUCAGGGCCAAUUCCUUCGAACAUUGACCAAUUGAUGCCGACAUUGAAAGGAUUGUAUCUUUCUGAUAAUCAGUUGGAAGGCACAAUUCCACCAUCCAUUUGCAACUUGCAAAGAUUGUCAAUCCUUUCUCUGAGAAAUAAUCUUUUAUUCGGAGAAUUUCCCCAAGAAUGGAGUGUGUGGCCCCGAAUAGAUAUUGUCGACGUUGGAUACAACAAUCUCUCAGGUAAUAUGCCAAGUUCGAUGGGUGUCCCAAGCUCACUUCAUGUAUUAAAGAUGAAUGAUAACAAUCUUGGGGGCACAAUUCCUUCUUCUAUAUGGCGAAACUGCACGUCUUUGAGGAGUCUCGAUCUUGGAGGCAACAAAUUUACAGGAAACAUGACUUUAAGGAUAGGAUCAAAUGCGCCCGGGUUGUUUUUCGUACGAUUGCGAUCCAACUUAUUAAGCGGACAUAUCUCCGACCAGUUGUGCAAUCUUCCAUUCCUUGACAUCCUAGACCUUAGUCACAACAACUUCUCAGGGCCCAUUCCCAAGUGUUUGAAGAAUAUGACGUCUUUGGUGGAAGGUUUUUCCAAUGCCACUGACUAUGAAAGCUAUAUUGAGCAAGCCAGAUUGACGUUGAAGGGAAGAGAACUCGUAUAUAACAAAACUCUGUUCUUGGUGAAAAGCAUCGACCUUUCAUCGAAUAAUUUAGAAGGUGAAAUCCCUGAAGAAAUAACAAGCCUCAUUGCGUUAGGUACCUUAAACUUGUCAAGAAAUCAACUGAGGGGAAACAUUCCUUUCAAGAUCGGAAACCUGCGUUGGUUGGAAACUCUUGAUCUCUCACACAAUCACCUUUCAGGACAGAUUCCUCAAAGUUUGUCUUCUUUAACCUCCUUAUCUCACUUGAACUUGUCUUAUAACAACUUGGCUGGAAAGAUUCCUUCUGGGAACCAACUCCAGACACUCGAAGAUCCCUCCAUUUACAAGGGCAACCUUUUACUGUGUGGAGUUCCUCUUUCAACUAAGUGCCCAGGAGAUGAGACUUUUACUGCUACAGAUGAGAAAGACAGCAACGAAGAUGGAAAUGAUAAGUUGUGGUUCUAUGUCAGCAUGGUGCUGGGUUUCACCGUAGGCUUUUGGGGUGUUUGUGGUACAUUGCUUGUGAAGAAGUCAUGGAGGUAUGCUUAUUUUCGAUUGUUCGAUGACAUCAAAGAUAAGGUAAUGCUAGCAAUUGCAGUCAAAGUGGCUCAUUUUCAAAGGAAACUUUGAUUCGAGAAGAAAUCUCUCAAGAUUAAAAUAUGACAAGCCAAGUGCUAACUACCAAGUUCAUGUACUACGUAUUUAGUUUAUCUAUGACUAUCAUGUAUGUGUAAUGUACUGCAAGCUACUAAAUAAAUCAUGUUUUUCAAUAUUUUCCUGAAAUUUCCAAUUAGUAUUCGAAUACAAGU